AAUACGCCCUCCCUCCCUCCCUCCCUCCCUCAAACCCCAAAUCUAGGGCUAUACACAAUCACCACAAUUCUGUACAUACAUAUUGACGAUGAUGGUGUUUGCUCGUAGCAUGUGGUUGCUGGGGUUAAUUUACUUUCUGGGGUUAGGUUUAGGGUUGGGUUUGAAUUUUGGGGAAUCUCUGAAGGUACCCUUCAGAGUCAACGAUGUCCUUCCAGCUCUUCCUCGGCAGAUUUCAUGGCCUGUGCUCAACAAUCUCCACAGCGCCGUUGACUUGUUGCCGUCGUUCGUUGGAUCGGUCUCCCCUACCAAUGGGUCGAUUGAGUGGAAAGGGGCUUGCUUUUUCGAUAACGAAGCUCGGCUUGAGUUCACCGGCGGUGAUCGGGGUUUGGGCGGCGGUAUUCUUCACCUCAAGACUUCUGCAGCUCACAGCUGGACCUGUAUGGAUUUGUAUGUUUUUGUAACACCUUAUAGGAUUACCUGGGAUUAUUAUUUCUCUGCCCGAGACCAUACUUUGAAAUUUGAAUCUUGGGAGGAAGAAGCAGAGCUGGAAUAUGUAAAGCAGCAUGGAAUCUCUGUAUUUCUUAUGCCAUCAGGAAUGCUGGGGACCUUGCUAUCCUUAGUAGACGUCCUUCCCCUAUUCUCUAACACUGUUUGGGGUCAGAAUGCUAACUUAGAAUUUUUGAAGAAACACAUGGGUGCGACAUUUGAAAAACGUUCUCGGCCUUGGCGUGCAACUAUCAAUCCAGAUGACGUCCAUUCUGGUGAUUUCUUAGCAUUAUCAAAGAUCCGUGGUAGGUGGGGUGGAUUUGAAACAUUGGAGAAGUGGGUAACGGGUGCAUUUGCUGGUCAUACAGCAGUUUGUUUGAAGGAUGAAUUUGGUAAUCUUUGGGUUGGUGAAUCUGGACAUGAGAAUGGAAAGGGUGAAGAAAUUAUUGUGGUAAUUCCAUGGGAUGAAUGGUGGGAAUUGUCUCUUAAGGAUGAAUCCAAUCCACAGGUAGUGUUGUUGCCCUUACAUCCAGAUGUGCGUGCUAAAUUUAAUUCGACUGCAGCAUGGGAAUAUGCUCGGAGCAUGGCAGGGAAGCCAUAUGGUUAUCACAACAUGAUUUUUAGUUGGAUUGAUACCAUUGCUGACAACUAUCCACCACCUCUUGAUGCUCACUUGGUCAUUUCUGUCAUGUCUAUGUGGACUAGAGUGCAGCCGGCAUAUGCUGCAAAUAUGUGGAAUGAAGCUCUAAAUAAGCGGCUUGGAACUGAGGAUUUGGACUUGUAUGGAAUUCUAGCUGAGACUGAAAGGCAAGGCAUAACCUUUGAUCAAUUACUUACAAUUCCAGAACAAGAUGACUGGGUCUACAGUGAUGGGAAAUCAACAACAUGUGUAGCCUUUAUUUUGGCAAUGUAUAAAGAGGCGGGAAUCCUUGGUCCUUAUGCCAACUCUAUUCAAGUGACCGAGUUUACGAUACGGGAUGCAUAUAUGCUGAAGAUUUUUGAGGAAAACAUAACACGCCUACCUAGCUGGUGCAACAACGAGAUUGAUCAGCUCCCAUUCUGCCAGAUUCUCGGUGAGUAUAAAAUGGAAUUGCCGGAGUACAACACCUUAGAGCCAUAUGCCAACAUGAACGAGUAUUGCCCCACUUUACCCCCAACUUAUGAGAGGCCAGUACAUUGUUAAAUCUGAAAUCAUGCUACUACAUCUUUGUGUGCUGAAGUUCUCAAAGGGCUUUUUGCUGAUGCUAUAGCUUGUAUUACAUUAAAUUGGUAGGCUGCAAGGGCUUUUGUAGUAUGGUCAUUGGAUCUGUGUUAUCUUCUUUGGAUUGUGAAAUGUAUGUGUCCGUACAUAGUUGUUAUUUCCCACAUACUUAUCAGCAAACAUAUAAAUACAUAAAAAUUAUGUGUGAUAUUUGCUCAUUGCAUAUUACAGGCAA